CACUGCUGCCGUGCCCCGCGGCGUGCUGCAGGCCCUGCACGGGACGAGGGAGCUCAGCCCCAGGCACCUGUAGUGAGUGCAGCGCGGUGCCGGGGAGCUGAGCCUCCGGGGGGCAGUAGCAGCGAGGAGGGGCCUCGUGUACGCUGUGCAGCCGGGAUGGGCGCCGGGACCCCCAUCCAGCACACUCAGCACCGCGGGGUCCCGCUUGUGGCAGAGGUGAGACCCACGCAGGCAGUGCCUGGCCACGGGGUGGGGGGCUGUGGGGCCAUGGGGCAGGUGCCCUGGUCGCUCCGUGGGGAAGGGGCAUGUUGAUCAGGAAACGUCCGUCCGCCAGCACCCUCGUGUGCGCAUUCUGCUCCCCAGUCCCCACCGCAGUCGGCACGAGCUCGGCGCGCGGUCACGCCAGCGACCGCCGCCAGCCCGACACUUGGGAGCAGGAAAUUAAUUCAUCUCUGCGGCUCUGUGCCAAGGACUCCCCCAGGCAGCCCUGGGCUGCGGCACCCACUCCCCGGGCUGUAAUCCCCCGGACCAGGUGCUGCGGCGGGGGGGCCGGUGGGGUGGGGGCAGAGCGCGGGGCCGAGCCGGGGGUCUUGGGGCCAGCGCCCGUUCUGCCCGUGCCACCUGCCGCUCUUGGGGCCGCUGCUCACCACGUUCCCGGCUCACGGGCUGCACCGGGCAUGUGUGGCCCCGGUGCUGGCAGCAGGAGUGUGCGCAGCAGUGCCCUGCCCGGAGCCCAGCCGUGCCCCCCCAGCAGCACGGCUCAGCCCCGCCGCUGGCUGCACCGGCUGCAACUUUGCCUGCUAAAAAUACAGCGCUAAUGCGCGGGCUGAGCGGGGAUUAGGGUCCCGCUGCCCCCCGCCGCCGCCCCGCGCUCCGGACACCGGCUCCCACUGCGGCGCAGGCACAGAGGUGGCUGCGUGCGGACACCUGGCCGUGUGACGGGGGUCCCAAGCCUGGGCCGUGAGCGGCGGGGGGCUCACGCCGCAUCUGUGCCCCCAGGGCCCCCCCGAGGCAGUGGGGCCGGGGCUGGGACAUACGGUCCCCGCCGUGGGGUGGAGGUGGGAGAUGGUUGGGGCGAGCGCUGCGCGCGCAGGGGCCACGUCCCCGUCCCCAUCCCGUCCCCCCCAGCCAGCACGUCCCAGCGCUGGGCCGCCGGUUGCCAUGGCAGCCCCCCCCCAUGGGCAGCGUUGCCAUGGCGAUGGCUCCCCUCUUUGGGAGCUCGGUACUGCAGCAGCCGCCCCCCCCCCCCCGCGGUGGGGUCGGGACGGGGCCGCCGGGGGGGGGUCCCACAGCCACGUGCGGCCGUGGGACGGGGCUGGGGGCUCGAGGCUGCAGCAGGCCCAAGCAGCCCACCGCCCCCCUUCCCCUGAGCCUGAUGCAGCCCCUCUGGGGGGGCUCUGUGGGGCCCCGCAGCCUGCAUGGGAUGGACUCGGUGCAGGGGGCGUGGGGCUGGGCGCAGAGGGGUGCAGGGUGCGGGGGCUGCUCUGCCCGGGGGCUUUGGUGGCAGGGAGGGGUUCUCACAGAUCCGUGGGGUCUCGGCUCUGGCUCGCACUGUGGGUGCUGGCGUCCUGCUCCCUGGGGUCCCCGGCACUGGGCAGGCGGGUGGGUCCCAGCAGGGUGACGGGCUGUGUCCCCGCAGGGUGAUGGGCUGUGCCCCCACCGCCCGGGUCUCCGCUGCCGCCCUGCCUCGCGCCCGCUCACGUGUCCCCCGCGUCCCCGCGCUGCCCCGCGCUGGCGCUGGCGCUGAAACCCAAUCCCUCCGCAGAGCCGCGCCGCAGGACGGGGCCACCAUGGCCGCGCAGCCGGGCAGCGGGGCGCGCGGGGCCGCCAGCCUGGCCGCCUUCGCCAGCUCCUGCACCCUGCACGGGCUGGGGCACGUCUUCGUGCCCGGGGCCCCUGCCCCGCGCCGCCUGCUCUGGGCCGGCGCCUUCCUGGCCUCGCUGGGCGCCUUCCUGCUGCAGGCCGGGGAGCGGGUCCGGCACUACGCCGCCUACCCCCACGUCACCAUGCUGGACGAGGCGGAGAGCCGCGUCCUCGUCUUCCCCGCCGUCACCCUCUGCAACUACAACCGCGUCCGGCGCUCCCAGCUCACCCCCAACGACCUGUUCUGGCUGGGCAAGGAGCUGCUGGCCGUGGAGCGGGAGGACUUCUCCCGCUACCUGCGGGCGCUGGGGCAGCCCGCGGACUUCACCGGCUUCUUCCCCAGCAAGAGCUACGACCUGGCCGCCUUCUACCAGCGCGCCGGGCACCCCAUCCACGACAUGCUGCUGAGCUGCCGCUUCCGCGGCCAGGACUGCGGCCCCGAGAACUUCACCGCCAUCUUCACCCGCCUGGGCAAGUGCUACACCUUCAACUCGGGGCAGCCGGGCACCGAGCUGCUGACCACGCUGCAGGGCGGCGCGGGCAACGGCCUGGAGCUGAUGCUCAACAUCCAGCAGGAGGAAUACCUGCCCGUCUGGGGGGACACCGACGAGACAUCCUACGAGGCGGGGGUGAAGGUGCAGAUCCACAGCCAGCAGGAGCCCCCCUUCAUCGACCAGCUGGGCUUCGGGGUGGCGCCCGGCUUCCAGACCUUCGUCUCCUGCCAGCAGCAGCGGCUGGUGUACCUGCCCCCGCCCUGGGGGGACUGCAAGGCCACCCCCAUCGAGUCCGACUUCUUCACCAACUACAGCAUCACCGCCUGCCGCCUCGACUGCGAGACGCGCUACCUGGCCGAGAACUGCAACUGCCGCAUGGUGCACAUGCCGGGCAAUGCCAACGUCUGCACACCGGAGCAGUACAAGGAGUGCGCCGACCCUGCGCUGGACUUCCUGGUGAAGAAGGACAGCGAGUACUGCGCCUGCCGCACGCCCUGCGACAUGGUGCGCUACGGCAAAGAGCUCUCCAUGGUGAAGAUCCCCAGCAAGGCCUCCGCCCGCUACCUGGCCAAGAAGUUCAACAAGACCGAGCAGUACAUCGCGGACAACGUGCUGGUGCUGGACAUCUUCUUCGAGGCCCUGAACUACGAGAUGAUAGAGCAGAAGAAGGCGUACGAGGUGGCGGGACUGCUGGGUGACAUCGGGGGACAGAUGGGGCUCUUCAUCGGCGCCAGCCUCCUCACCAUCCUGGAGAUCUUCGACUACCUGUACGAGGUGUUUCGGGACAAGCUCCUGGGCUUCUACAAGGACAAGAAGCGGAUGCGGCGGAGCAGCAGCAGCACCCUGGAGCAUCCAGCCGUGCCGGGCAGCCCCGCCGCCGCGCUCCCGCCCGGGCCCAGAGUGCCUGCCGCCCCCUGCGCAGCCACGCGGACGGUGUCGCCUUCGCCCCGAACGUGCUACCUCGUCACCCGGCUGUAGGCGCCCUGGAGGAGUUCGCCUGCUGAGGGGCCCGGCCCCGCACCCCCGGCCGGCCGGGGGGGGGCUGGUGGGGAGCAGACCCCCCCAGCCCGGCACGGUGCCCAGGCGGCAGGGGGCUGCGGGGCUCCCCGUGUCCCUGCAUGUGCUGCUUGUCCCCACGUCCCCGCUGUACAUGCGCCUCCCCGCGCCAUUAAAGUCCUGCCCCACGCA